AAAUAAUAAUACUACUGCUAGUACCACAAAAAUGUGUUGGCCGGCAUGUUUCGGAGGGGAAGAAUAGUAAAUAGAGGGAUGAACCUGGACAUCGUAACGAGACCGCACCCAUGCGCAUCAUAUUCUUCCGAGAUGGUGAAUGGGUGCCGUUGUGUGAGGGAUGGACCUGGAAAUCGUAACAAGACCGCACCCGUGCGCAUCAUAUUCUUCUGAGAUGGUGAAUGAGUGCCAUUGUGCAAAGAAAUGGAGGGACGAACCAGGAAAUCAUAACAAGACAGACUCAAACCGUAUGAGAGCCUCGAGAGCCGUGCCGAAUAAAAAUUUUCAAACUUCCAACCUUCACGAUCCUGCCAUCUCACUCCAGCAAAAGCCUUUGCCUCAGUGUCCCCAUCUCCUCGGUCAUGUCUACAACAGAUAUCCCUCGUCGUACCCGUCCAUCAAAUGCAACUGCCCAGCCUGGUCAGAUCGUGCUUAAUGCACAAGUCAAGAGACGUACCAAGGCACAAAAGAAUGUGGAUGAAGCAAAAGAAUUGAAGGAGGCACAGCGAAGAACUAGUCCAUGCGUGCUAGUAGGACGACGCGGGUGGUGCGUCAUCUUUGGCUUCUGCAUUGUCCACGCUGUCCUCGGCUGCAGCGCCACUGCAUUCUUCUUCUUCUGCGACACCGGUCCGAGUCGUGGAGGUGGUGAGUCUCCUUUGUGGAGGAAGGAUGAUGAAGGCAAGACCGUUUGCAACGCAUGUGGCCUCUACUAUAAGCUUCACGGCUCUGCUCGUCCCAUUAGUAUGAAAUCCGAUAUUAUUCGGAAGCGCUCUUGACACGAUGCUCAUGCGCAGCGCUCCUCCCUCACCGAGCCCCCAAGCACAUCUAACACGCCUGGCACUCCUUCCGUUAUGGAGGAGACAGUUUCAGAACGGGUUCUGGUGCGACAAGCGCAGGUACUUCUUCGUCUUCGCGGCGCAGCAGCAUGGACUUGUCUAGUCCCUGCUGCCAUUCCAUUUGCUCCUGCAUGACACAUGUCCCCCGUUUUUCCUAUGCUGUCGUCUCACUUUUUAUUUCCUUAAUUUUCUGCUUAUCGUGUAGUAUGCCCUGUUUUAUGAAAGACUUGUGCCGCUU